AUGACGAGAAAGAAGACGACCGAGAUUCGGCGUAAAAAGGAUGAAAUCGGUGACAAAAAAGCAAUUGUGAGCUCGGAGAGUAAGCACAACGGUGAGAGACUCAUCGAUUUGAAGCAAUGGAGGGAAGAUCCCAAGGGAUUUGAGCUGGAUCGAAGGAAAUCGCACCGAGAAAGUGCCGAGAAAACACAAGAAAGCGGAAAAAAGAAAAUGAGAAAUUUUGAGGAGGAUUGGUUUGUUGGGAACGAGAAGUUUGCGAGCAAGUUUUAUAUAGUGAAGAUAGGGACUGUGGGGGCGCAGAAGGAGACGGAGCCGAAGAAGUUAGAGUUGAGGAAGUGA